AUGUUGAUAAAAUCGUCACCUCUUCCUUCGUUCUUUCAUUCCCUAUCCACUCUGCUUCUCCUCCAACAGCAACAAAACUCUUCUCUCGUCACCAACAAUUCCACCAACAUCAAUGACACUUGUCAUCCUAUAUUAUUUCAACUCGGUUCCUGGAGUCGAGAAAGCAAUCCCAAACUCGAAUACGGACUCUGUCCCGACUCGAUCGUAACUCCCAUUUUCUCGGGUGUCUUUUUAUUUUUCUACUUGUUAGUGGUGUCAUUUUCCUUUUUUGGAAUAUUUUGGAAACGAAAGAAUGGACACAUUGAAUUUCGAAAUCCAAUGUAUUUGGUGAUGACUUUGAUUGCAUCCAUGAUUUUGGUGGUUGGAAUGACAUUGCGUUUUCUGAUUGGAAGAAAAAUAUUUCCUUGUGGAAUUUAUACCUUGUUGUUUUUUGUGUUACCGGGAAUUAUUUUGUUACCGACUGCAUUUAGAUGUAUGAGAUUGUUCUUUAUGUAUCGACUCAAUUUACAAAAAACAAACAUUUUCGAAAGGGCUGUCAUUGCCCAGUCAAAUGCCAAAAUUUCCAACGCCAUCACCAGUAUCAUUCCUGAGGAAGUUCAAAAAUUAGAAAAUGACGGACUGGUUCCAACUCCAAGAAAUCCAUCUCGAACCAAUUCCACUCCUUACAUUUUGGAUUCUCAAAAAUCUUCGAGUCAUUUAGUGAUUCAAAUAGAUUCCUUGAAUCUUGAAAAAUCAGUGGAAACAAAAACACCUCGGGAAAAUAUUCCUAAAGAAGAUACAUCGAUCAAAAGUCCUUCUAUGAAUGCAUCAUCUCAAGAGGAUGCUACAACUGUUCCUUUAAAUGAUCAAAUUCUCGAUAAGAAAUGUAUAGAGUCACCUCCUACGACAGAAUUUUCUACUGGUUUCAAAUUUGAGGAUUAUGUCAGUACUGAAGUCACCGAAGACACGACUGCUGACAUGACGACAGAUGCCAGAACCACUUGGAAUGGUGAUCAUUUUCGUGACAUUUUAGAGUUAAAAUCAGAAAUUAACAAAUUCAAAUUUUACAAAUUCAUGUUAAGCUACAAAUUUGUCAUCAUGACCUACAUUACAGUUUUGUGUAUUCAAAUUAUCAUGUGGUUAAUUUUUGGAGGAGUCGAAGAAGCAGUUUACACAUCGGGAUCGACCGUUCCAGGAACGAAAAGAAUCUUUUUAUUGGAGGGUGGAAUGCUUGUAUUUGAAAGAGGAUGUUCCAUGUCAACGACAAUGGUGUUAAUUAUUGCAGGAGAGUCGGUGUUUUAUAUGCUUUUUGAAGUUGUGUCAUUGAUAUUGUGUGUGAAAUCGGAUCGAGACACUUGGGCCAUUAAGAAGGAGGCAUUGUCUUUGAUUAUUUUUCAAGUGUUUUUUGUGAUUGCAUUUGUGGUUGCUGGAUUGUUGGAUAUUGUGGUGGUGUUGACGGAUUAUUUCAUACCUUAUGGAUACACAUUGCUGUUUUAUUCGUUUUUGGAAGUAAUUGUGACUGUGGCAUGUCCAGUGCUGUAUGCCUUUGUGAGGGAUUACAGAGAGGAGAAACGUUCUCAGUAUCAGAAAGAAACAGAGUUGGAGGCCAUUUUGAGAAAUAAGAAAAUGUUUGAAAGAUUUUUGGACUAUGCUCGGAGAAGUUUUGCACCUGAGAGUGUGUUGUGUUAUCGAGAUAUUCAACAUUUUAAAAAGACGAAAAGUAAUCAGAAAAGAAAGGCAGCUCAAUUUGUCGUUAACACCUAUUUGCAACUGGGCUCUCCUCUCGAACUUAAUAUUGACAAUGUGAAUGAAAGAGGUCACGACUUUACAAGAAUUCUCUCUGAAUAUAGUGAAGAUGCCAAAAUUCCAAAGAGCCUUUUCGAAGAGUUGGAGAUGGCUUGCUUGGUGGAUAUGCGAGAUGUAUUCACGAGAGCUCAAGUCGACGACAAGGAAAUAUUCAACGCUGUUCAACAAUGGAAAAAAGCACAAGCAAACAUCAAACUAGAGGAGGUAAAGUGA